AUGACUUCAAAAGAGGAGGAUGAAUACAUAAAACAAAAGAGAAUGUUAAUGGAGGAAAGAAGAAGUUCAUCAUUACUGCCAGGAACUAAAGUUAGAAUCAUUCUUGAACAUAAACCACAUGAAAAGGUAAGAAAUCAGUUAAGUGAUGAUUAUUAUAUCGUUGAUUCCUCACAGGGUAAUGGUUAUUUAAUUAAAGCAGCUGACCAUUCGGUUGCGUUUUAUCCACGAUUUCGAUUAGUUGAAAGCGAAAAUGGAAGAUUAGCUAAGACGGUUGAUGAAGCAAAAAGAGGUAUAGUUAAUAAAAUUGUGAGUUAUGAUGAAGACAAAGAUGAAUACACUGUCGUUUAUGAAGGAGGUGUGGAUGAUAAAAUUCCUUCUAGAAAUUUGAGAGAAUCGAACCCUACACAUUUAUCGGAACUCGAAAAGGAUUACUGGAAGGAUAAAAAUAAGCCAAAAUUAAUCAAAAAAAAUUUUAUGAACUAA